GUAAAAUCCAUCCAUAAUCUGCAAAUGCACAGCGCCGUUUUCACUCGGACCAUUACGCACCCGAAUUUAUUAGACACCCUCGAGGAUAUCAUGGAUACCAAGAACAUAUUGUUGCAUCAUACUAAGGCGCAUAUAAAGCCACCGGAGAAAGGUGCGCCUUACUUGAUGCAUCAAGACUAUCAUUACUUUCCCCACAAGAAACACACUAUGCUUGCUGUGUUUUUACAUUUGGACGAUACAACACCGGAAAACGGUGGCUUGGCGGUAUAUCCCAGCAGUCAUAAGCUUGGACCGUUGGAGGACCACGGAUUGACCGAUGAGAAAGGUGACCAAUAUCAUUACGUCGAUCCUGAGAAAUAUCCAUUGUCCCAAGCUGUUCCUGUGUCUGCCAAAAAGGGUGACAUUAUCAUCUUCUCUUAUCUGUUGCUUCAUGGUUCGUAUCUGAACUUGUCCGACAGAAGUCGACGCAUGUUUCUUAUACAAGUGAGAGCCGCCGACGACGAGCCGACCAAGGACAUACACAACUCUCCUUGCCAGGGUCUCAUGCUGCGCGGAAAAAAUAUCAAGAAGGACGCAAUGUACGAGAACAGAUAUGAAUAUUAAUCUAAUACACGGCGAAUCCGAGACGCAAGCGAAUAUUUACUCUACUUUUAAAUCUGGUUGAAUGAAUGAAUAAAAAAAAAGAAGUGUUUGAUUAAGUUUUAUUAUGUA